GGGCAUUCUCAUUUUCAUCCCUAGAGGAGGGAGGGAUGGCGAUAGAGGAUGGGGCCUCCCAGAGCGAUGGGGAUGUGUCUGUGGACGAUUCCUGUGUGGCCCGGGACGAGGAGGCCGCGUGGAGGCUGGCGAUCGGAGAGGGCAAGCCGUCGCCGCCGCCGCAAGAUCUCGAUUCGCAAAUGCGGGAUCUCCAGGAGCCGGCACCGGGUGUUCCAUCGAUCGUUCAUCUCAAUGUCGGAGGGAUGCAGUUUACUACCACAGUGGACACGCUAACGCAUCGGGACACUGGAUCUAUGCUUGCGAUUAUGUUUAGCGGGCGGCACCGGCUCCACAUUGAUGCAAACAAGGGAUCAGUGUUUAUUGACAGAGAUGGAACUCAUUUUCGACACAUAUUGAAUUACCUUCGUGAUGGUGUAACUCCAGCCUUGGACACUUCCUCCGUCCAGGAGCUUCUACGCGAGGCCGAGUACUAUCAACUGAGUGGUUUGAUUGAAGCUCUAACCGCAGUGUCAAAUAAAAAGGAUGAAGACGACGAAGACACUGCCGAAUUGACGAGAAAGGAAGUGAUUAAAUGCUUGCAAACCAAACGAGUUCGACUACGUGGUGUGAAUCUUUCCGGCCAAAAUCUCUCGAAACUGGAUCUGUCAGGAGUGGAUUUUAGCAAUGGACGGCUCAUAAGCACAUUUUUUAGUCGAGCCAACUUACACUCGGCGAAUUUUCGGGAUUCGGCAGCCGAUUACGCCAACUUCCAUAACGCCAUACUUCGAGAGUCUGUAUUUGUUGGAGCGUGCCUCCGUGGUUCAGUUCUCUCUGGUGCUAAUCUUCAAAGUGCCAACAUGCAAGAUGCUUGCUUGGCGGACUGCAGUCUUCUUGGUGCUGAUCUUCGCACUGCACACUUACAGAAUGCUGACCUCUCAAAUGCCAAUUUCGCCAAGGCGAACUUGGAAGGAGCAAAUCUUAAGGGAGCAAGAUUGAAUGGAGCCGAUCUUCGCUCAGCAAAUCUCCAGCGAGCGUACUUGGCUCAUGCUGAUCUUCGAGGAACUAAUUUGGAUGGCGCGAAUUUAGGAGGAGCAAACACCAGUGGCAUGAUUAGAUGAAGGAAUAAAAAGAAAAGAACGCUUUCAAGUAUGUACAUAGUAACAUCAUCUUUAUAUGAAUAUGCUCUAGGUGCCAAUGGAAUAUUUUUCUU